GCUCCCCUCCUCAAUCCACCAGCAUGAACACUUUGCCUUGCACUUGUCGCCUGAGCGCGCGGUCUUUACGCAUCUUCUCCGUUGCGCGCGCCACAGGAUUACCGGUGUCCGCUCCUGCGGGGUUUUAACUGUUUUAACUGCCCUGUUUCCUCUGAUUUCCCUGCUCUCUGGUGAGCACAGUUGGUCUGCGGUGAAGUCUGGAGCUGCGUUACGUGCGUAACUUUUUGUUGGUGCGUCUCGCGCGUCCUCGCCUCCAAACGCGGAUCAGCGACACGAGCGGCGCGUGCGACUGCGCGAGGUGUCGGUUCCUUCUCCUGAUCCCAUGAAGACAGGCUUUACUCCAUGACCCCAGUUCUUCUGGCCCUAAAGCGAGCCUCAUUGUUCUUCAGAGCCCAAGGAAUUUCAUCACUUUAAGUCACACCAGCAACACCAGAAACAACUGCAGCGCAAAAAACUGCACAGGUCUGCGUUUUUCCUCCCUCGCUCUUACUUUUUCAAUGACUACGUUUUUCCUACUUUUUCACUUUUUCACUCUGCUCAGUUGAACGGCGACAACUCCGCACCGAGAGCCCGGACUUUUGUACUUUUGUAGACUUUCUCCAUCAACUUUUUUCUUUUUUUUUAACGGGGCCCCUCCAGAUGUCCUGUUGUGGCCCCCUCAUGUCUUAUAUCAUUCGGCUUGUCGUCCUCCUGCUCCCCCUAGUAGACCCGGGUUGUGGGGAGCUGAGCUCCAGGGUUGGGGCCACAACAACUCCGCCACAAAAGGUCUCUGAAAGCCCUUUGGAAAACCUGCAACGGCAGAAAAGGAACUGGGUGUGGAAUCAGUUCUUUGUACUGGAGGAGUAUACCGGCACUGACCCGCUUUACGUCGGCAAGCUCCACUCAGAUGUGGAUAAGGGUGAUGGAAACGUGAAGUAUGUCUUGACCGGCGAGGGCGCGUCCUCCAUCUUCACCAUCGACGAGAACACAGGGGACAUCCACGCUACCAAACGUCUGGACCGAGAGGAACAGGGAUACUACACCCUGCGGGCGCAAGCCGUGGACCGCGAGACCAACAUCCCAGUGGAGGCGGAGUCGGAGUUCAUCGUUAAGGUGCAGGACAUCAACGACAAUGAACCCAAGUUUCCAGAUGGACCGUAUAUUGCUGGAGUGCCUGAGAUGUCUCCUCUUGGCACCACGGUGGUCCAGGUGGCGGCGACGGACGCAGAUGACCCCACAUAUGGCCACAGUGCCAGAGUGGUGUACAGCAUCAUCCACGGGCAGCCGUACUUCUCUGUGGAGCCCAAAACAGGAAUCGUACGGACAGCCCUGCCUAACAUGGACCGCGAGACACGAGACCAGUACGUGUUGGUCAUCCAGGCCAAGGACAUGAUGGGUCAGAUGGGUGGCCUGUCAGGCACUACCUCAGUAACGGUCACGCUGACGGACGUCAAUGACAACCCGCCGCGUUUCUCUCGCAAGAUAUAUCAGUAUUCUGUGCUGGAGUCUGUACCCGUGGCAUCUGUGGUGGCCAGACUGAAGGCGGCAGAUGCAGAUAUUGGAUCUAAUGCAGAGAUGGACUACCGUAUAGUGGACGGAGACGGACCCGGCAUGUUCAACAUCACCACAGACGAGGAGACGCAAGAGGGAAUCAUCAUUCUACAGAAGCCUCUGGACUAUGAAACCAAGAACACGUUCUCUCUGAGAAUCGAGGCCACCAACCGGAACAUCGACCCCCAGUUCCUGACCUAUGGCCCGUUCAGUGACGUCACAGCCAUAAAGGUUAUAGUGGAAGAUGUAAACGAGCCACCAGUCUUCAGCAAUCCAGUCUAUAAGAUGACCGUGUCUGAAGCCGCCAAGGUGGGCGACAUCAUCGGUACAGUCACAGCUCACGACCCCGAUACUGCCAACAGUGUGAUCAGGUACUCUAUAGACCGGAACACAGAUCUGGAGCGGUACUUUAACGUGGAUGCUACGUCUGGAAUCAUCAGCACGGCCAAGCCUCUGGACCGAGAGAUCAACUCAGUCCACAACAUCACCAUCUUCGCCAUGGAAAGCCAGGAUCCAUCUCAGGUGGGAAAAGGCAUAGCCAUCAUCACCGUGAUGGACAUCAAUGACAACGCUCCAGUCUUUGCUAUUGAAUAUGAGACACGGGUGUGUGAAAAUGCACCACCUGGGAAGGUGAUCCAGACCAUCAGCGCCGUGGAUAAAGACGAGCCUCCCAGUGGCCAUCGCUUCUACUUUUCCCUCGCUCUGCCUGCUGGCAGCAACCACAACUUCACCCUGAGAGACAACAGAGAUAACACGGCGUCGGUGUUGACGAAGCGGGCCGGGUUCCGCAGGAGAGAGCAGGCUAUGUACCAGCUGCCCGUGCUGAUCGUGGACAGCGGUAGUCCGGCGCUCAGCAGCACUAACACACUGUUUGUACGUGUGUGUGACUGCGACGGAGACGGCGUACCCCAGGCCUGCGGGGCCGUGGCUUACACACUUCCUGCAGGACUCAGCACUGGGGCUCUGAUGGCCAUCCUGGGCUGCAUCUUCACACUGCUGGUGCUUGUCCUGCUGAUUGUGACAGUGCGGCGGCGCAGGAAGGAGCCUCUGAUCCUGGAGGACGAGCGAGACGUGCGGGAGAACAUCGUCCGCUACGACGACGAAGGUGGCGGCGAGGAGGACACGGAGGCUUUUGACAUGGUCGCCCUGCGCAACCUCAACAUCAUGCGCGACCCCAAGGUGCGCCGGGACGUCACCCCAGAGACCCCGACCUUCUUCUCCUACCCGCACUCCACGGCCUCCAGGGCGGCAUACAAGACGCUCCCGGAUAACGUGCUGUUCCGGGAGUUUAUCUGGGACCGCCUGAAGGAGGCCGACGUCGACCCGACAGCGCCGCCGUACGAUUCGCUGCAGACCUACGCCUUUGAGGGCAAUGGUUCAGUGGCGGAAUCGCUUAGCUCGCUCGAAUCUCUGAGCUCGGACUCAGAACAGAGCUACGACUACCUCAGCAACUGGGGGCCACGCUUCAAAAAACUGGCAGACCUGUACGGCACCAUGGACAGCAGCAGCAAUGUUUUUUCGUAGCCUUGUUUUUUUUUUUGUGGCGAACUCGCAAAGAAUGAAACUAAAACAUGACUUGAGAAGAAAAGUCGUACAAGAGGAGUUUUAAGGGAGCGAUAGGGUGAGGCCGAGAACCUGGGUUUCAAACUACUACUAAAAGCAUUUGAUAGCUUUAACAUGACGAAUGUUUGAUAGAACAAACUUCUUGAAGGUCUCUUUUCAGCUCUGGAGAACGAGGCAGAGUCUCUGGGUUUAGAUCAGUGUAUGAUGGGUAAAAAUCCUAAAAAAUUAAAAAUAAAAAACUACAUUUGAGAUUAGGAGUUUGUUUACAUGUUUAGGGUUUCAAGUAGUGUGACUUUAAUGAGGCUCAAAUGCUGUGAUCUGCCAGACAGGGGGGAAAGCUUUGAGGGAAAGACUUAAAAAAAGACUAAAAAUAAAUAAAUAAAUAAAUAAAACAUUUUGACACCAGGCUUCUGGCCAGCCACAGCCACAAAACUCCUGUAGUUCUGAUGAUGGGGACUUGAUCUUCUCAUCUUGUUGUCACAUGGUUAAACAAGCCCUGGAACUUUCUACAGAUCUGAGCUAAGAACUCUGGGACACUUUGUCUAUUAAAAAAAAAAGUGCUCUGUCUUUGAAUUAUCGACUUGACUCAACUUUCGUUGUGUGUGAGCUUCAACAAGAGCCUUGGUGUUUUUUUUUGUUUUUUUGUUUUUUUUUUCUCUGUUUUACGAACUUUUUUCACGGAAACCUGAAUGUGUGAAGAGAAAUCCUUCCUUCAUUCAUUCAGUUUGGACAGUGACCUUACUUUUGGUUUUGUUCCUCUACUACUUCUACUACUUCUGCUUCUUCUUUAGUUCUGUUUGUGAAUACACAGAUGACAUAAUGCUGAUAGUCUGCCGUAGAUCUGGUUUGAUGCUCGGUGGUGAGGUGGUUCGGUGUUCUACAGACGUGACAGUGUGGUUUUUUGAAGUUCCGAGUUUCGUUUAGCUGUUCUAAAUGUCAUGAAGUGUAAAAUGAAGCCAGUGAAGCCAGUGGUUAAGGCUUCUUUGAUUUGAGUGGGAACGAUUCACAACUUUCAGAAACAAGUUCCUUUCGUUUUGUUUUGGCACACCGUUUCCUUUUUCCUACAUUUGUAUAAGAAUGACACCUCGCUUACUCUUCAAAAGAGAUCCUUCGAGGUAUUUUCUUGCGUAGCGUUAAAUACGAAAAAGCUAUUUAUGACGCUGCCACCUCUGAAAGAAAUGCCUAGUUGUGAAGAUCUAGCGCUCUGAGAAAGUGGGUUUUCUGAAGGGAAGGCAGCAUAGCGUAGCUGCUAUUGAAAUACCUCCUUCAGCCCGAGUGAAAUCAAGGACAGUCACUGCAUAUGUUGUUUAUUGAUGAGGAUGAAGAAAAAAAUAAGACACAGAUGCAACAAUAUUAAAGUGAAGGUAAAGAAACACAGAGAGAGAAAGAGAGAGAAAGAGAGAGAAAGAGAGAGAGUCCUUGAGGUCAAAAUGAAUGAAAAUAUAAAAUGAAAUGCCUUUUUUUAGCUGUUGCUACUGAACUUUGACGUGUUAUAAUUGAAUCGAACCUUUUCUUUAAUUUAUUCUUUUUCAACACCAGAGGAAAAUAAAGAAUGUGACGAAUGUUCAUAA